ACCCGCUCUGUUGACAUCGCCCGGCGCCAGCCCGGGCCGGGGAAUAAGGGCCCCGGGAGAGCAUCGUUCGUGGUUCUGCCUUGGUGAGACCUCGCCCCCCGCGGGCACCAUGCGCAAGCUGGGCCUGCAGCGGGACCUGGCCGAGGCGGCCGCGCUGGAGCAGAGGCGGCAGCACGAGCUGCACAGGCAGAGCCGCAUCUUCAACGCCCGAGUCAGGACCAUCGGGGUUGAUAAGGAUGCUUUGGAUACUCAAAUCAAUGAUAAGAAGAUUCAAGAGGCAAAUGAGAAAGCACAACAUGAUACAAUUGCUGGUGAAAUGAAGCAAAAUGACAAGAUCAUCUGUAUGUUAGAAGAACGGCAGAAACAGGACAUCAAAAAUCUAAACAAAGCUCUCACUGAGUUUCAACAGAAUUUUCAGAAGCCAGAAACUCGGCGUGAGUUUGAUUUGUCUGACCCACAGUCCCUGAAGAAGGAUACUCCUGCUCGCCUCUCUGACAGUGACCCUCGAUGUACUGUAUCUGGCUUGCAGAAGUUUCUAGGAGAAGAUUUAAACCAUGAUCAGAGGGUGAAAUUUCAAAAGGAGCAGUCAAGAGAAUGGUCUCUACAGCAACAGAGAGACUGGAAGAAUGCAUUAGCAGACCAGAAAUUUGCAGAGGAUCUCCAUGACAAGAACAGGAUAGACCUAGAUCAAAAGGCUAUGGAACUACAAAGAAAAGAAGUAGAAACCAGACAAGCUGUUUGUGCAGCUACCAAGGAUUUUAAUAGAACCCAGGCUGCAGAAUUUACAGAAAGAAAAAUGCUAGAAAAGCGUCAGGAAGAAGAAGAUAAUGUGGCUGAAAUUUCUAACAUCCUUCGAGGAGACUUGCUUUCUGAAAACCCAGAACAAGCAGCCAGUUCUUUUGGGCGACAUCGUGUGAUUACUGAUCGAUGGAAAGGAAUGAACCAGGAUCAGCUGAUGGCAAUACGUUACACUCAACAGCAACAAGUUCUGGAGAAACUGAGGCUGCAGGAGGAAGAACGGCAAAGAAAUGCAGAGUGGGACAGGCAACGUAUACAGGCUGCCAGAGCACAACUUCUUUUUGAGCGGCAUCAACAGCGACUAAAUCGAGAACUUCGCAGAACUCUGGAUAAUACUAAUGCACAACUCUCCCAGGAGCAGAAAUCAAAAAAAAUUUAUCUUCAGGAGGAAGUGUAUUCAAAUUUUCCAACAGGCCAAUAUUUCACACAGUUUAAUACAACUAGCCGGUGACAUAUGAGGCAUAUCCACUCUCUGAAAUAUAAAUGUAUGUAAGGUUUAUAGAAAUAUUAAAGUUUGAUGAAGUUUCACUGCUUUUCUAUGUUUUUCCCCAAAUUUCCAGUUAAGAUAGUUGUGCAUUAAAACAAAUCCAUAUUUUCCUUAUGGCAUAUACUUGUAAGUCAUAAGCCUGAUGAUUGGUAUUCCUUGUAAUUAAUGAUAAAUAUAGAGAUUGCUGCUGAUUUACGUUUUUGGUUUGGGGGAUAUUUUAUAAUUAACAUUUCUCAGAAGGAAAAGGAAAAUAACCGCAAAUAACACUGAAAUGAUUAUUUCAGUGCUAAUUUAGAGAAGUUAUUGGACCAAAUCAGUUCCUGGUAUGAUUCCAUCCCAAUGAAGAAUUAGGCCCAUUGUGGGAUAUAUUUUUUUUAAUUUGUAUUUCAGAUUCUUUCACUACUCAUUUUUACUGCAUUGAAGUUCAUAUUUUGACUGAAACCUUCCUUUUACAGGUUACAGAAAUAUUGAGAUUACAGCAUGGUUAUCAGAUAACUUAAAGUAUAACAAAACAUGAUCUUCAUAUGCUUUUCAGAGACCAUCCUCUAUUUUAAAAUGCAGGAAAAAGUAUGAGAAGAGUAACUGCUAUUGGUGAGAGCAAAGAAAAUGAAAUAUUUCUGAAUAUUUAUCCAUAAUUUUUAUAUAUAUAUAUAUAUAUAUAUAUAUAUAUAUAUAUAUAUAUAUAUAUAUAUAUAUAUAUAUAUAUAUAUAUAUAUAUAUAUAUAAAUAGAAUUGAAUUAAUUUUAUUAGUACUCCCAGUUAAAGUUAUGUGCAGUCACUAUAUCCAUUGUUAGUUUUUCAACAAUAAAACACUGGGUUGGGUUUUUUAAGUGUUUUCAGUGCUUGUUGAAAGGUGAAAGAUUUGAUAGAAAUGGAAACUGAAAUAUCCUGAUCAGUUGCUGAACAGAUGUUACAAAGGGAGUAGCACUGCAAGCUUGUUCUCCAUGCCCCACCCCCCACCCCCAAAAUGCACUGGGCCUAGAUAACUACCCUGGAGGCCACCCUUAUCUAGAAUAGAAGGGAAAUAUGCUAGCUGGAACUAUUUUCAAACCUUUCUCUUCCCAGAAAGCACUAAUAGGUUCUACACUGGCUUCUUUGGCUAGCAUAAAUCAGUUAACCAUGUUAUAAACUAUUUUAGAACACAAUUUUCUGGAAAACAUUUUAUUUAAAAUUACUUCUGACUAAUAUUAUUUCACCCAACACAGGGCCAGGAUAUUGGGACCAUUGGUUUCUAUAAAUGCAGAUCUGCAGCUCCUCUUCCAUACUGGACAUAUGCAGGGCUAACACAGAAAACUUUCCUCCCAAAGUGCAGGGAGUCCUGUGCAGCUGCUCAGCAAGCAGAUCCUUCAGACAGUCCCUAUGUGGUGAUAAAGUGGUGCAGUUCUUCUCACUAACAUGAUUUUCACACCUAUAUUUCACAUGCGUCAAUGAGAAUGUCACAUAGCAUGUUUAAUUUACGCUUUUUGGGGCUGUCAAGCGAAUAAAAAAAUUAGUCGUGAUUAAUCACGUGAUUAAUUGCUCUAUUAAACAAUAAUAGAAUACCAUUUAUUUAAAUAUUUUGGAUGUUUUCUACAUUUUCACAUGUAUUGAUUUCAAUUACAACACAAAAUACAAAGUGUACAGUCCUCACUUUAUAUUUAUUUUUGAUGACAAAUAUUUGCACUGUAAAAAACAAAAGAAAUAGUAUUUUUCAAUUCAACUAAUACAAGUACUGUAGUGCAAUCUCUUUGUCAUGAAAGUUGAAUUUACAAAUGUAGAAUUAUGUACAAAAAAUAACUGCAUUCAAAAAUAAAACUGUGUCAAACUUUAGAGCCUACAAAUCCAUUCAGUCCUACUUCUUGUUCAGCCAAUCACUAAGGCAAACAAGUUUGUUUACAUUUGCAGGAGAUAAUGCUGCCCUCUUCUUGUUUACAAUGUCACCUGAAAGUGAGAACAGACAUUCGCAUGGCAAUUUUGUUGCCAGCAUUGUAAGAUAUUUACGUCCCAGAGAAGCUAAACAUUUGUAUGCCCCUUCACGCUUCAGCCACCAGUCUAGAGGAGAUGCUUCCAUGCUGAUGACAAUCGUUAAAAAAUAAUGUGUUAGUUAAAUUUGUGAAUACACUCGUUGGAGGAGAACUGUAUGUCUCCUGCUCUGUUUUACCUGCAUUCUGCCAUAUAUUUCAUAUUAUAGUGGUCUCGGAUGAUGACCCAGCACAUGUUCUUCUUUUUAAGAACACUUUUCACUGCAGAUUUGACAAAACAAAGAAGGUACCAAUGUGAGAUUUCUAAAGAUAGCUACAGCACUAGACCCAAGGUUUAAGAAUCUAAAGGCCUUCCAAAAUCUGAGACAGACAAGGUAUGGAUCAUGCUUUCUGUAAUCUUAAAAGAGCAACACUACAAUGCACAAAGUACAGAACCCGAACCACCAAAAAAGAAAAUCAACUUUCUGCUGGUGGCAUCUGACUCAGGUGAUGAAAACGAACAUGCGUCAGUCCGCACUGCUUUGGAUCAUUUAUUGAGCUGAACCCGUUAUCGGUAACUCAGCACAGAUUGCUGUGGAACUGAGGGCUUUGAUUAUUUCUCAAACUUAACGCUCUUGGUUAUGGUUAUUUACCAAUUUCCCUCCCGCCUCCCCCAAAAUCCCGGCUUAAUGAAAAACGCCAGUAUUUGGGUUUUACCAAUUUUUUUCACCCAAAUUUGGGCUUUUUCAAGACCUAGGAAUUUUUCUCACAGGAAGCGAACUGGGCCGCACUGAAGGGCUGGUGUGGUCAGCUGAAAGCUUUGUCUGGCAGGGGGUGGGGUGGUCAGUACUCACAGGGUGCAGCCUUCUGCUGCCGUCUUGACUCCAGUCCUUCAGCACAGUUCCAUUUGCUUCCUCUGUAUGUGGGGGAGUGAGAGGGGAAGGGACCCAGGUCCCAGGAGCCAACACUGCUCAGCCAUUGAGGUGACAGGCCAAUAGUGAGGAGAGCUGUCUAUUAUUUUCAACCUUGCAAACAUUUUUAAUGUUCAUAACAAACACUACAAAUCACCUUCAAAAAGUUGUACUUUAUUAUAAUUUCACUCACAUUAGUGUCUUUAAUGUCCCUUCAGCCAAGAUUCUUGUAGCCAAAGAGGAGUUUAGAUCCAUAGAUGAAUACAGAUAGGCGAGUAAAGAUGGUGAAGAAGAGCAUGAAUGUGCCCAAUAGAAUAUACACCUCUACUCCGCUAUAACGUGACCUGAUAUAACAUGGGUUCACAUAUAACGCGGUAGCAGCGUGGCUCUGGUGGUGCUUUAAAGGGUCCGGGGCUCCGGCUGCUGCGGGGAGCCCCAGACCCGUUAAAUCCCGCUGGAGCCCUCAGCAGCUGGAGCCCGGAACUCUUUAAAUCACCGCCGGAGCCCUGCCGCCCCUACCCCGAUAUAAUGGGGUUUCAGCUAUAACACGGUAGGGAUUUUUGGUUCCCCACGACCGCAUUAGAGCAGGGUAGAAGUGUACAUGCAAAUUAAGACAAUACUGUCUCAUGAUGGUGUUAGUGCUUAUUAUGGAGGUAAUGUGGAAAUGAGAGAAAUACCUUCACUCUAACACAAAAAGAAAAAAACAAUGCAAUUGUUAAUUAGUCAAUACAAAAAUUCUCACUAAAUUCAAUGGGUUUUGGAUCAGACCUUAGACCUUUAAUCUCUACAUACAAUUUUUGUACUGACUAGUUGUUUCUGUUUUUUGGGUUUUUUUUUUUUACCAAAAUAGUUAAAUCGGUACAAUCUUUACUCUGAAUGUAGUAAUACCAGUAUAAAGAUGCCUCAUACCAGCAUAGUUUAUUUCCUUUAAUGUACAAGAUUUAAGCUGAAUUGGUAUCCACAUUAGGCGGUUGUACUGUUUUAACUAUGCCAGUUUCAAGCCAAUAUAGUUAAAGUGGUACAAAAAUUGUAUAUAGACCACCCUUUUCAAUUACCAGCUUGUCCUCUAUAAUACCUUUUGCAAAUUGGCGAGGUAUAAAUUACGUUCCCUUUCAUGUGAAUAUGAGUUGGCUAACAACAUAUAUGGAAAUAUAUACAAAGGUGUGAUCUGUUGCUCUAUAUGUCUAAGUACUUAUGUGCCUCAUCUCUGUAUUUCCAUUCCAUGGACCUCUGAGCAUCUAAUGAUGUCUUGAAAAUCACAUAUAUUUGAGCUCCUUCCCUGCUUGUCCACUCUCAGAACAGUAGGGGUCAUAUUUUCUUGUUUUCAUAACAAGCAUUUUAGCCUGAGAUACUUUUUAGAAGAUGUUUGGCACUUCAGUGAUUAGCAUUAGGCAUGGGAAUCCAAAAAGAUCAUGAUUAAGCAUAUUUCUGCAAUUGCCAUUUCACUAGUUAGAUGAAAGGGUCAAAAUGUGAAGUGAGAAGAGAUACCUGUAAUGAUAUCAUUUUAUCCUUGAAAGUUACAAAAUUUAAAGGAGUUGUUUAGUGUCUCAGUUUCAUCAGAACUAAUUGUAACUUCAAGGAAAUAAAAGCCAGCUGUUGGUUUGUUCCUUUAAAGGGACAUGUAACUGAGUCAUUAAGUUCUGAAUGUGUAAUGCUAAAUUUUAAACAUAUAGAACCUGAUCCAAACCAUAGUAGGCAAUGUUCACCAUAUAGUCUCAUUCACCAUAAUACUUUGAAAUGUAACUGCAACCAAAUAUAACUUGAAAAUAUGUUAUAAAAGAUUUUGCUCACGUUAACAUCAGUAGUACCAUUAACAUCAGUAGUACUCAUGUGAAUACCAGAAGGAGGUUUAAAGUGUAGCUCCAACCAAAUGAAAAUAUGUACUGAGAAGCAUGGCAAAUUAUCACUGAAAAUACCAUGUGAGUCCAAUGGGAACAAAUGGGCCUAACAUAACAUUGUCAUAGAAUUAUGGGGCCUGAUUUUGAUCUCACCAAUUUUACGGUGGUGCAACUCCACUGACUUAAGUGGAAUGACCCUUGAUUUGAACUGAUCAGAAUAUGGUCCAUUAUGUCUGUGCAUCAAUAAAUCCAAUAUUCCAUUGGGUCAUAGAGUUUAAGGCCAGAAGGGACCACCAGAUCAUUUUAUUAUGUCAUCAGUAGUUAGAUGCUGUGCAAAUAGAGAACUGCCUGGUAAAACACAAAAGUCUGAUUGAUAAUACCAAAACCCAUUCUCUGGUAAAUUCAGCAGAUUUCAAUGUACUAAAUUAAUAAAUUGAUGUGUGGUACAGGAGAUACUUCUAGAUAAGUAACAAAAAUUCAAUUGUGGUUAUUCAUGAUUAGCUCUCCAAAUUAGUGCUUAAAUAUUACUGUAUUUCAGUGGUGCCCACACUUUUCCUGUUAUGCCCCCUGUCAUAAACAGAUAGUUAAGGGUUAAUGUCUCUUAUACCUUUAAAGGGUUAAGAAGCUCAGUAAACCUGGUUGACACCUGACCAGAGGACCAAUAGGGGGACAAGAUACUUUCAGAUCUUGGUGGAGGGAAGUCUUUUGUUUGUGUUCUUUGUUUUGGGGGUUGUUCGCUCUUGGGACUAAGAGGGACCAGACGUCAAUCCAGGCUCUCCAAAUCUUUCUGAAUCAGUCUCUCAUGUUUCAAACUUGUAAGUAACAGCCAGGCAAGGCGUGUUAGUCUUAUUUUUGUUUUCUCAACUUGUAAAUGUUCCUUUUUGCUGAGAGGAUUUUACCUCUGUUUGCUGUAACUUUGAACCUAAGGCUAGAGGGGGUUCCUCUGGGCUAUAUGAAUCUGAUUACCUUGUAAAGUAUUUUCCAUCCUGAUUUUACAGAAAUGAUUUUUACCUUUCUUUCUUUAAUUAAAGGCUUUCUUUUUAAGAACCUGAUUGAUUUUUCUUUGUUUUAAGAUCCAAGGGGAUUGGAUCUGAACUCACCAGGAAUUGGUGGGGGAAGAGAGGGGGGGGGAUGGUUAAAUUCUCCUUGUGUUAAGAUCCAAGGGGUUGGGUCGGUGUUCACCAGGAACUUGGUGAAAAAGCCUCUCAAGGCUGUCCAGGGAGGGGAAGGUUUUGGGGGGACAGGAAGUGUUCCAGACACUGAAAUUUCUGGAUGGUGGCAGUGUUACCAGAUCUAAGCUACUAAUUAAGGUUAGAAAUGUCCAUGCAGGUCCCCAUAUCUGUACCCUAAAGUUCAGAGUGGGGGAGGAACCUUGACACCCCCCCCCUUAACAGUAACGGAAUCUGUCUGCACCUCUCCUCCAUUACUGCACAGUUGGCUCAGCAGAGGAGCUUGGACUGAAGGCGGAGUUGGGGGAUGAACUGGGGGUUG